AAAAAAUAUAUUAAAGUUUAUUUUGUUAAAGUCCAUCUACUGAUAGGUCUAAUUAUAGUCUUUAAAGUGUGUUUUUAUGUUCUCCUACAUAACACCAUAAAGUAAAAGAAAAAUUUUAAUGUCAUCAGCGGACUGUUUCAUUGAAAAUAAAAAAAAAAAAUAAAAUCAUACACAUUGAAACAAAAUGUGUCCUGUGCACGAACACAGAUCGACAUUGCAAUUAACUCACACAACUACACACUAACAUUUUCUUGGUGUGCUUACAAACUCCGCCCCAGACAAAUUUUAACCAAUCGGCGAUCCCUGUAGGCAUAGAUCGUUGUGGCAACACGCCUCGUAUUUUUCGUCACGGAACAGCGACUCAGGCGCGACUCACACAUUGUUAAUGUAAGCGUUCUUCGCUUUGAAGAUACCGGAUUCGUGGCUUCGUGCUGUCUCGUUUCCACACCGGUCUGUACUCUGGUACACAACCAACAACUUAGGUCAUAUUUCAGGCCAAAAUAUAGUCUAGAACUUACUGUUUAGGGUCUAUGACUAUAACCAAAUUUGGUAAAAUAUCAGUUUUAAAAGUGAACAUAACAAAGCUGGUCGAUUUAUUAAAAAAAUCCGAGGCCGGCAAUACGUUGGUCGACGAAAACAGUCGGCUGGCAGAAAGAGACAAACAAUCAGGUGAAGCGGUACCGAAGGCUGCGGAGGCGGCCAGUUUGACCAUUUUUUGUUGGUCCGCUGAUUGUGAAAGAUUACACUUGAGAGUCGAAAUACAUCUUUACAUCACACGUCAGUGGGCACUGAGCUGUCUUCAAAGUAACACGGAUUAGACACACGCAGUUUCCUUUACGUAAUUAUGUCUGCGUUCAUGCUGUGAUAGUGAAAGACUGAAAUAGUGAUCUUCUGGGACUUUUGCAUAUGUUCGGACCAAUUUAGUGCAUUAAACUCCUUGUCUUCGAUACCCGGCUGCCGAAUUACUUGCGUCGAUGGCUGUAUCAACACUAAACAUGACACCGUACUUCACCGGAUACUCUUUUCAAGGUCAGGGUCGUAUGAACCAGUUGGGCGGGGUGUUCAUCAACGGUCGUCCGCUGCCGAACCACAUCAGGCUGAAGAUCGUGGAGAUGGCGGCGGCGGGCGUGCGGCCCUGCGUCAUCUCGCGCCAGCUGCGCGUCUCGCACGGCUGCGUCUCCAAGAUACUCAACAGAUACCAGGAAACGGGUUCCAUACGUCCCGGUGUGAUCGGAGGAUCCAAGCCGAGAGUUGCGACUCCAGAAGUAGAGAACAGGAUUGAAGAGCUGAAGAGACAAAACCCAGGUAUAUUUUCCUGGGAAAUUAGAGAUAAACUAAUUAAAGAAGGCAUUUGUGAUAAAAACACAGCACCGUCUGUCAGUUCCAUUUCGAGACUAAUAAGAGGAGGCAAAAGGGACGAAUCUGAUCCUAGAAGAAAUCACAGCAUUGAUGGUAUUCUAGGUCCAUCAUCUUGCGAAGACUCUGACACCGAAUCGGAGCCAGGCAUCACGCUAAAGAGAAAACAAAGAAGGUCCAGGACUACAUUUUCUGGAGACCAACUUGAGGCUUUGGAGCGCGCUUUCACAAGAACCCAAUACCCCGAUGUUUAUACAAGAGAGGAACUCGCACAGAAAACAAAACUCACUGAAGCAAGAGUCCAGGUUUGGUUUUCUAACCGAAGAGCUCGACUCCGUAAGCAACUGAACUCGCAGCAAUUGAGCGCGUUCAACACCAUGUCUCUGCAGUCAGCGUUCCCAUCCGUCCACCAGCAAUACGAACCUCCUUCAACUUUCAAUGCCCAGUGCGCGUCGUGGCAACAAUCCUACUCAUCUGCCUUGGGCUCAAGCUCAGUACUCAACUCAGCGCUGGCUCCCUCUCUUCAUCAAUCCGCGUUAACGGCACCUUCAGUCUGCCAGUCAGCCCUUGCAGUGUCCUCUCUGCAUCCACCAACAUCUAGCUCUUUCUCCUCCGGUAACCUGACACCUCUGUCCCAUUCUUCGGAACUCGCUACUCCCCUGCAAGCUCCGACUGACGCUACCCCUCCAAGCUCGAGUCCGACUACAACUAGUCCAUCAGCGAACCAGAGCAGUGCAAUCACUUACCAACAUUCAACCUACGCGAACCCUAGUGAACCUGUAUCUCACCCAUACGGAUACGGAGACUACUCGAAACAGGAACACGCUAUGUCAGCGCACAACCACUGGACCUCCAGGCAGCUGAGCGGACACGCGCAAAACAAACUUGCCGAAGUCGGAGCCUGGCCUGAAAAUUAUAGUUCUUUCUUUGGCACAAACGCGUCUCACUACGCGUCGCACGCGCAUUCUCCUACCGAGGCCAAGUCCGGCUACCCUUAUCUCGGACAACUUGGUGGCAUGGACAUGGGAAGAGUACACUAGAUAGUAGACACCCCACAAUACACAAGUGUCUAUAUAAAAUAGACAAAUGUCUACACAUUUUAGUUCCACGACAUAUCUUAUCGUGCCUUCACCAGAGUAUUUCUACGAACUGAAUAUAUUUUGUAUAUUAACUCUAUACGCUAAUGUAGAUAGAAGAAUUUUGAGUCUUAUUAAUCAUACCUUCACUGUAUUAUAGAGCUUUAUUAUAAUUAUAGAAUCAUACAUUUUAUAUUUGUAGCGUAAGUAUACGGUUCCUGAAUUUGAAUGCACAUUUAAUAUUUUUCCGUAGAUGUUUAAUGUUUGAAUGAUCGUUACUACAUUUCGUAAGUUGUUAAAUGUAUAUUGUAUUUUAGAUAUAAAUCAAUGUUAGUAAGCAAUGUUGUAUGUUUAAA